AUGCCGGUGAUUUUUAUCCAUAACGCACAAGACUAGUUGAACGACGCGCCGUCAUCAUGUUUGACUGCAUGGACGUGCUGGCCGUGAGUCCCGGGCAGAUGCUGGAUUUCUACACGUCCGGCCCGUCCUCCUGCAUGCUGCAGGAGAAGGCUCUGAAAGCCUGCAUCAGCGGACUGGCGCACAGAGAGUGGCAGCACCGCCGGAGCGCACACUCCAUUGAAACGCAGAGCACCAGUUCUGAGGAGCUCGUCCCCAGCCCGCCAUCCCCGCCGCCCCCACCCAGAGUCUACAAGCCCUGCUUCGUCUGCCAGGACAAGUCCUCUGGAUACCACUAUGGUGUCAGUGCUUGUGAGGGCUGCAAGGGUUUUUUCCGCCGAAGCAUCCAGAAGAACAUGGUGUACACGUGUCACCGGGACAAGAAUUGCAUUAUCAAUAAGGUGACGAGGAACCGCUGUCAGUACUGCCGCCUGCAGAAGUGCUUCGGAGUAGGAAUGUCCAAAGAGUCUGUUCGAAAUGACCGGAAUAAGAAGAAGAAGGAGAGCCCAAAGCCGGAGCUGGCAGAGAGCUACGAGCUGACAGCCGAGCUGGAGACCAUCAUUGAAAAGAUUCGUAAGGCCCAUCAAGAAACCUUCCCCUCCCUCUGCCAGCUUGGCAAAUACACCACGAACUCGAGUGCAGACCACCGUGUGAGGCUGGACCUGGGCCUGUGGGACAAGUUCAGCGAGCUGGCCACUAAGUGCAUUAUCAAGAUCGUGGAAUUUGCCAAACGAGUGCCUGGCUUCACGGGGCUGACCAUCGCGGACCAGAUCACGCUCCUGAAAGCUGCCUGCCUGGACAUUCUGAUCCUGCGCAUCUGUACGAGGUACACCCCCGACCAAGACACCAUGACCUUUUCAGACGGGCUGACCCUCAACCGGACGCAGAUGCACAACGCUGGCUUCGGCCCACUCACCGACUUGGUGUUCACUUUCGCCAACCAGCUGCUGCCCAUCGAGAUGGACGACACGGAGACAGGCCUCCUCAGCGCCAUCUGUCUCAUCUCUGGAGACCGUCAGGACCUGGAGGAGCCUUCCAAGGUGGACCAGCUCCAGGAGCCGCUGCUGGAGGCUUUAAAGAUCUAUGUGAGGAAGCGUCGGCCCAGCAAACCACACAUGUUCCCCAAAACGCUGAUGAAGAUCACAGACCUGCGCAGUAUCAGCGCCAAAGGAGCAGAGCGAGUCAUCUCUCUGAAGAUGGAGAUCCCAGGUUCCAUGCCGCCACUCAUCCAGGAGAUGCUGGAGAACUCGGAGGGCCAAGACAGCCAGAGCAGCAGUAGCAGCAACAACAGCAGCACUUCGGCUGAGGCGGGGGCCAGCCCCAGCAGUAAGGACAGCCCCAACGAGGACACCGCUGCUGCUGAGUCGCCAGAGUCCUUGGACGCCGAGGGGGCUGUAGCCACACCACCCAGCGACGAGCCCUAGGGUGCCAGGUCCUUGGGUGCCUCUGAAACUCUCUCUGACAUUCCCUUGCACAAAAAAGGAACAUCUGGCAAGGCGCCGACCCCCUAUAACCCCUCUAUCCCAACUCCUUUGCUUGGUAUUACGUUAUCUUUAUAUCCUCGUCCUAUUUUUCUCUCCCCCGUUCGCCUAAAAUUCUUUCCUUAAAAAGAAAACGUCAACACGGAGGCCUCAAAGGAUCAGUGCUUUGUGUAUAAUUCUGAAUUGAGCUUUUAUUCGGCAUGGUGUCUCUGGGACAGGGACUGUGACAGUGUGGCACUCGCAAACCGCCAGAGAUGAUACUCCUCAGGUCUCCUGUGUAAAUUCUUAUCUGCAUGACGGGAGUUUGAUAAGUGGUUUUAUUCCUCUCUCUCAUUCUCUUUCUCUGUCCUCAUCUCUUUUCAUCUCUCGUAUUGUUGGCAUACGUACAUUGUACAUACCAUUGUAUGGUUAGAUCUCUGUUUCUAUGAUAAAUUUUGUGGUGCUUUUUUCAUUGUCUUAAAUAUUAUCUCUGAGGCGAUACAUCAUGGUUUAAAACAGGACAACUUGUAAGUCCUUCAAAAAGUUAUUUAGAAUGUUAUUGCAUAUAGUUAUUAUGGAAGUCUAAUAUUUUAUAUUUGUUCCUAUAUUUAAAACAGUUUUUGUCUUUUAUAACACUUAUUGGUUCAUGUCUCUACAUGAAUAAGUGUACAUCCACACCGCCAGAAUGCAAAACUUCUCUCCAUAUCGACAGCCGAGUCUGUUCAACUGAUUCCUCAAAGGAGGGAAGCGCAACAGCAGAAGCCUUUGAUACACACUCAUCCGAUUGACCGCGUCUGUUUAACUCUCAGUCUCGACAGGAACCGCCGAGACUUGACGUACGAGAUUAGAUUUAGAAUAAGCCAGUCUAUGAAAUCAACUCAUUUGGUGGCUGUAUCUGCUCAGUAAAUCAGUUUACCUCACUGUCAAAACAAAUUGUGAAAAUGAGGUUGCUGAUAGAUGCCAGAGAUUUCUCUGCAGCAGGCUGUGAUCACACAGGACGCUUUUUAUAUUCAUUUCUUUGUUACCCUAUGCCUCAACUGGCCCACGUUUCAGCUGUGUCGCACUUUAUUAUCAUCAUCUGGUCAGUUAGGAAGUUUAACAAGUUUUAAAGCCAGUUGUGCCACAAUAUAUUCCCCCUGAAAAAUCUGUUUCCCCAAGGCAUAAUGCUUAUUUUUAGUUGUCUCAAACCACAAGUGUCCACUGAUUCUAUGAAGAGUCUGGUUUCACAUUAGUUUACUUGCUAUUUAUUAAUCUAAUAUCCACCCACAUGAUUUUGUUGUUCAGUGGGAAAGGUACCAGUACAAAAGAGAAACCACUUUUUUAGAGAAAACAAGGGAAUACAAAUGUUGGCGCAACAACAGUGAAACUGAGAUUAAAAUAAAUCUUUGACACGGACGUCAUGUAUCCACAUUCUCUUUUUCCAAAUUGUCAUGAUGCCCUCCUAUUAGUAAACAGAGCCAGCAUUCAGCUCCUGUUGUCUGGUGUAAAUUGAGUCUAUGUAACUUUUAAGCGGCAAGUAGGGAUAAUGCUACAUGAUAAAACAUAGUGUAACAACAGCACAAAUAGAAGCAAGCCAUGAAGUUAUUGAAUUGACCCAGUAAUUUCAGUUGCACACAACAAUCUUACUUUAGCUAACAUUAUCUAGCAUUAGACAGCAUAAGCUACUGGUCAUAACACCACAAGGCUGUAGCAGUAAAACCCCUGAGUGUACUGAACUUAACAAGGGUGUGUUUUAAUUGCUUGAGAAUAUUAGCUUUUUAUUCAGAAUAACAGAAUGAAUAUGCUAAUUCUGGUUUCAAAUGUUACAUAGCCCCGCUCUGGUUUAAAAUCUAGUUUAAUUACAACUUUGUUCUUUUCUUUUUUUCUGUAGUUUUGGUCAUCAAGUUAUGUUAAUCUUACCACAGUAACUGCUGCUAAUUUCUGGGAACACAACAGCAUAGCUUCAUCCAAGCCUGACAAGGAAAGAAAGAGUCAGAUGAUCAGACAGGUUGUAAAGUAGCCAACAGUUUAGCCAGAUUAUCAAAAACCCUGGAGGUAACAACAGAAAGUGAACACACCUGAAAUGUGCACAGGAAACUGUCCACAUGCCGACUACGUUAAGUAUGGUAGGUUAAAGUAAAACCAGAAAGUCAUCUGGGGAUGAAUGUUUACAAUGGACCGUUUGGGUCAGAAUUUUACCAUUCACUUUGUUUUUCAAAUAAGUUUAACUAACCUGUCUGACUGCCUGACUUCUUUUUAGUUGAGUUGCUUUGUUCCAAGAUCUCAGCAAUUAAGUUUUUGAGAAGUGUUAUUACCAACAGAAAUGAUGUCAAACAAAAAUAUGACCCAAGUUCUAAUUAACCAGAAUCAUUCUCAAAGUUUUCACUUUAAAGGUAAACUACAGUUAAUUACAUCUUGGGUUUCAAUUUUGUAACUUUGGCUACCACCUCUACGAGUUAUAAUAACAUUGUACCCACCAAAGUAUAGCAGGGACAUUGCUAAUAAUAGAUGCAACAGGGCAACAAACAUGAGCAGUCAGACAAUUAGUUUUAAACAAACCAAGAGGUAAGCGAAAAUAAUUUUCAAGAGAAAACAAAAAUGGUAAAAUUAUAACCCAAACAGACCAACUUCCUGGUUCAACUUGGACUUACGUUACCUGAGCUAAUUAUUAUGCCCACUCACAGUUUUGCUUACGCAAUAAGGGCCUAUUAGCCAUGUAACAGGUGCACUGACCUGUGGUUUUGCGUUCAAAUAAAGUAGCAGAUAAAUCUGGCUAAACUGUUGGCUUGUUUACAACAAUGUUAUCAUAACCCACAAAAAUCAUCAAAACUACAAAAAAAAGGCCCACAUUGUAGUAAACUUUAUAUUUUCUAUUGUGCUUUUGUAGUUUUGGGUAACAUCUAACACAUUGCACCCUUUAGAUUUUUGCUUUACUUGUCAGCCAGCCAGCAGUGCUAGGUUUUGUGUUUGAGCUUUCAGAUCACAGCCUAUGGCAGCAUUGACUUUUCAAAAACUGCCCGAAUGUCAGUCUAAUGAGUGUGUAUCUACCACUAACAGCAUGUACAACCAACCGGGCUCUACAAAUCCACAUGGGCUCUGUUAUGGCCUUAUGAGCAGAGCUCCUCAACCCGCUUUUCUCCUUUCCUUUUCAGAAGUGUCUUGUUUGAACCGGUGAAACACGGGGGCAAUGCAAUCCUUAAAACAAACUGAUGACGAUUGUACACUAACGCAGAAAGCACACGGUGGGGUGGGAUCCACAAAUCCUCUCUGAACGUCACCUUGCUCUUCAGACUUGACAAUGUAAGCUACAUUUAAUGAUGCAAAAGGAGAUUCCAGAUGACUUUUCAACCCCCUGACAAGUGCAGUCGAGUAAUGCUUUUCAUUGGACAGAUCCAAUCUGAGCUCUUAAUCUCAUUGGCAGGGAAGUAGGCAGUGUGUCUUACAUCAGAUGAGGUGGUCCUGCUGAAAUUAAAAGAUGAUCCUAGAAAGCGGCUUUUCUCCACAGCUGAGGUCACAUAUGAUACUGAACAAUAAGAAAUAAACACCAUUAUAUCCUCUUAUAGGACCCAGAUCCCUCACUACUCUGCUGUCCCUGCUGGCUGUAUAAUGGCUCCAUUCACUCUGAUAUCAAGUGGUUGUUCACUUACAGCACACCGAACAAACUAAACUAAACUGUAGCACUUAAACAUGUUGAACCAUUGAACCGUAGCUGUAGUACUGAAACUGAACAAUAUGAAGGCAGCAGAACCUCUGCAAGUAAUGGAGGAGGCCAAAGUUCAGCUUUAAAGAAGUUAAGCACAAAAGUCAUGCAUCACAGAGAACAUUGAUAUUAAACAGCUUCAGAAAUGAUUUCACACUGAAAGAGAUGUUUUUCUUCAUUUCAGAAAUGAUGCAGGAAUUACUGUAGGUCUGGAGAACUACGGAUGUCUCCAUUUUAGUUUAAACACAAAAUAAGCUUUUAACACUAAGUUUUUAACACUAGUAUAAGAAAGUUGUGCCAGCAGGUAUUGAAUUUGGUCAGUCUGAUUUUGCGUUUUGCCAUAUAAAGCUGUAAAUCAAGUUUUAAAUUUAUAUGCAUUGACUUUGUACAAGUUUGAAACCAAAUUGAAUUAAAUCUGAGUUCAAAUUGUGGUGCCUCAGUGUAAACAAGAAUAGAUCAACCACAUGGAAUGAAUUGAUUAUAUGAAAUGACAUAGCAGUGAUAGGACAUGUUGUCAUUUUCAGAUGGGGGAAUUUCUUAAGUUAGUUCUGUUUAGCCUUUGAAUUUAAAUUUCAAAAUUAUUGAAAUCAAAUCUGAAUUGUUUCAAAUUCAAUAGAAUUUGAACUUUGUGUAAAGUUUGACAGUUCUUUCCUAACCUUUGAAACAGCUGUUGACUAAACAAUAUUGCUCACUUGAGCUUUUAACCAUCAGCAGAUAAAGUUUGCUUAGUUGUCAUGGAACUAUAGAUAAAAAUUUCAAAGGUGUUUUCAAAAUUGUAAGAGUUCUCAUCCAUUGGCUAAAAUAAAUAGUUAGACAUAUUGUAAAAUGUGCUUAUCCGCCAGCCUGGAGUCAUUUAGACUAGCUUAGCUUAGCAUAAAGACUGGAGUCAGACAGUAUUUAACUGUUUCUGCCUGUUUCCAAAGUUCAAAGAUAUCCCUAGUUGUCAUCAGAAUUGAUUACAUUGUUAAAACAAUGUCAACUCAAGGUCAACUUACUCGCUUGUUCUGUAGCUUUCAGCUUCAUCAAAUGGGCUGUCCAGAAUUACUCCCUGUUGCACUACAUUGCACCAUUUUGUGUCCAAAAGAGUGUGUAAUAUAUGCUCUAUAUAGUUCCCUCAAAAAUGUCAACAAUGGAAAGACAAAAGUAGCAUUGCAUGUAUACAAUUUGUCUUAAAAAUACAAUAUGUUGCAUUUGAUAGAUGAAAAAAUUACAGCUGUGUGACACAAAAAUGUUGAUAUAAAAAUGUUCAAUAUCUCAAUAUCUCUUACUGCUUGCUGUAGAGCAAACAAUUGAGAGUCUAUUUUAUAUGUUUUUAAGGAAUAAGAGUGAUUUUAGACAGUGAUGUUUAAUUAUUUGGUGACUGUGAGCACUUUUGGGACUUCUUGUCCAUGUUGGCUUAAAACAUAAGCUUUACAGUUCAAUCUUGGCCCUGUAAACUAAAUAAUAAAAUUAUUAAGUUUGAUGAGACUCAGUUCCUAAAUAGAAAUGCAAAUUGAAAACCUGAUGCAAAAUCAAACUUUAUUAUCUGUUUUUUGGCGCAAAUAUCUUCCCAUACAAGUUGCCCUAAACACCUCACAAUGUUUGCAGAGAUAUAAACUGCACAUGAAACUGUUGCAGUGACUAGAUGAGUCAUUCAGCUUGUCACAUUUGAUCCGAAAUAGGAAAGACCACCCUUCAGGGUAGUGAAGGGUCCUGAGUCUCAGCAGCACAUAAUAAAACCCAUCUGCAUUCCAUCCCUUGCUCAGAAAUACAUAUCAUAAAAGAAACCAGAGGUGUUUCAGUUUUUUGUUUUAACGUGUUUGAAUGUGAAUAAUGGAGUCUGUCAGAAGAAUGAUAUGCAGUGUUAAGGAAUACUGACUUCUAUCUCAAUGUAACAUACGAAAUGCUGUCCCUUGGUUCUCUCUCUGUCUUUCUCUCCUGGUGAGAGAGGAAGGGAGGCAUCUUGGUGUUUUUCUUUUUCUUUUCUUUUCUUUUUUUUUUUAAGCUGGAAAAACUUCACAGCCGAAGAAUGUCCACAUCCACCCCUGAAGCGUCAGGUCAGCCCUCAGGCGCCUGACUGCAGCAGGGACUGUUAUCUGAUCCUUUAGGAAACAACUUCACAAUGCUGAAUUACUCUUGUUCAUUUCUGUUGAAUGUUGUACCGACGUAACUGUAAUACUCUACUAUCUAGCUCACUGCAGAGAUGUUAUAUAAAUGGUGUGUGCUUUGCAUUCCAAUUGGCAGCUCUGUGGAAAAUACGCUCUGUUAUUUGUCCUUGGGAACAUCAACUUACAUCCAAGUGUAAAAAACAAAAAAAAGGAUGAGGAACUUGAACUUGGUGGGCUGAUCUGGGCAUCCAGAUAGUACACAACACACACACGCACGUACGAUUUGGGACAAUGAGAAAGAGAAGCCCAUGAAUGGGGGAAAAGGAUGAUCAAGUCACCUCAGCACCCGACGUUGUCAUUAUGUUCUGUUCACGUUCCACGUCAAACAACAGAGCUGCUUCCCCCCCUCCCCAGCCAGGAAGCCAAUCAGCUGUCGUCAAUCAAUCAAACCUAAUCAACAGACAGCUAUUUGGUUAACAGGUCAACUAGUGAACUAGGGUUUGACCGAUAUGGGGUUUUGAAAACUGACUUUAAGAUAAGCUGUAGUGAAUAUAAUGUGCCACUAAUCGGUCCGAGGAAAAACUGAACAUUCAGAACAUUUUGAUAGUGUUGGGUACUUUAAUGUUCCUUUGAAACUAGUUUCCAACUGCAUAAAUCUACUACACACUACAUCGCCCAACAUCGAGUGGCAGACAGACAAAGGUAGCAACAAGCUAACUAGUAACAGAGGUAAAGGAGAGUGAUUUUUGCACUUUCAUUUAUCAGGUGGCCAGAAACACAACUUUUAAUGCUAAUGCUGUUCCCUGUUUGCUUACAUGUUUUCCAAAACUUUACAAGGUGGUAAUCUAUCAGUGUUGUGUUCACAGUUUCAGUUAUUGGAGCUUUAAAGUUGGUUACAUUGUUGACAUUUAGCCAGUUCUCUAUAGGAAUAAAACAAAACAUUUAUCCAAAAAUCUCUGUUAGAUUAAAAUCUGGCAUUUUUAAGAGGGUGGGUGAAUUCUGUGUUUAAAUUUGAGCUACACUCAACAUGCCAGAACUGAAUAACCAAACCACUGUGACCAAAUUUUUUAUUAUGUUUCAUAUUUUUAGUAGCUUAUUAACACGAUACAAACUGUGUAGCUCAUUUAAUUUAGCUGGAUCAUUUGAUUUUAGUGAUGUAUAAGUGAAGUGAUGGUGGCUUUGCAGCCAGUUUGCCAUGAAUAACGUAUGUAAUUCUUUUCACCAAGUGUCAGAAAUUCCCAAUAUCUUACUCAUAUUGCAAUUAGCAGGCUCACAAUAAAAUAUUCCGAACAAUGUGACGUGAAUGCACCAUUAGCUUAGUAUCUACUCAACAAAUUUAAACACAGAAAACACAAAGACAGCAUUGCAGGUCUCAGUAGCAGCCCCACAUACCGGUCGAACCCUAGAUAAAACACCUUACCUAGGAGCCAGAAAACAUUACUGUGAACCUCAAUAUCAAUCAUUAACAGUAACUCUGUUGUUGUCCGUCCUGGAGGUGUUCAUGGUAGACAUUACAAACUGUCCACAGUCGCCUUUUUUCCAUCGGUAUCAGAGUACCUCACCCCCACUCAUAUGCAGUGUUGUAUAGUCGUGUUAAUAUGAGACAUGACGGUCAAGUCUUACUGAGCAUCAGGGUGGAAGGGGCAGGAGUUGUUGCGGAUUCAUCCCAUCAACCCCUGCUGCCGCCCCUGUAGCGUGAAGUCGACCUCAGGAGCUGCUCUGAGGUUUGAGCUUCAUUCUGUUUCUGCUCUCAUGUUGGACAUUGUCUUUGUUUGUACAUUAACAUGCUUUUUAUGUUCAUAUACUGUUUAACUUUACCAUGAACUGUCUUGGCAAAGUAAUAAAAUAUAUUUAUUUUAAAA